UGGCUGGCUUGUGUCUCUGUUGAUUCUUGCCUUUAUGAAUAUUACUUGGUUAUUUUCUAUGCUGGCCCAGAACCUGGCUUUGAGAUUAGGGAUGCCCGUGAAGAUUUCUUGAAUAUCGGGCAUAAUUUUGAUUU